UGGGUCUGCGCUAACGGGUCCGGGCAGCUCGGCCGGGGGCUGCUGGUUCCUGGAGCCCCGUUUCGCCAACCCCAUUGAGACCCCUGUCCAGAGGGAGAGGGGGUGAUAUUCCAAAGAAAAUUGAAUUUUCCGCUAAGCAAUAACAGUGAACCGUGUGAGCUGGGCAAAAGAGAAUUUGGUAGCCAGAGAAGGGAGCCGAAAAAUAGGGAAGCAUUUGUUUUGAGACUAUAUCCUUGAAGAAGAACUGAGAGACUGAUGAAAAGGAGCAUCCCGCCUCAGAAGAUGCCAAAAGCUGGGUGGUAGUCAAGUAUAUAGUCAAGGAGGACAACUAAUUGGGAUGUUGUUAUUACUAAACCACCAAGAUGCAUUUCAGGCUGGAAGCAUUUAUCCUGACGCAUUUUAUCCUUCAAUCUGCAAAAGUGGAAUAUUCCAUGAUGUGUCUGAAGACACUCACUGGUCACCAUUUCUCAGUACAAGUAUUCGUUACAUCAGAAGGAAUUAUCCUCAGCCUUGGGAAGAGGCUACAGAGAAGCUGGUGGCUUUCCUGUUUGGAAUUGCCUCACAUAUGGUGGCAGAUGUCAGCUGGCAUAGCCUGGGCAUCAACCAAGGAUUUCUGAAGACCAUGGGAGAAAUUGAUUUUCAUGGUUCAUACUCAGACGCUCACAAUGUUGGCGAUUUUGGAGGAGAUGUGCUGAGUCAGUUUGAGCUGGACUUCAGUUAUCUGGCAUCAAAUUGGUAUGUACCCGUCAAAGACCUAGCAGCUAUCUAUAGGGAGUUUUAUGGAAGAGAGAUCAUAACUGAAAGCACAAUUACUGACUGUACUUACCUGCUGUUUCUCGAACUGCAUGGAGAAAGGCUUGCAAUUGCCAAGCUUUUUCCAACAUAUGCUAGCAAAUCUCCAUUCCUGGUGGAGAAGUUCCAUGAGUAUUUCCUCGGAGGAGUGGAUGACAUGGCUUUCUGGACAAACAAUAUUUUUGAUGCGACGAGCCACAUGCUAGAGAAUGGAACCAGUGGCUGCUUCCUGCCUGAGAACCCUCUGUUUAUAAACUGCACAAGGGAGCACAAGGACAGCUAUGUCAGAAAUAAACAAUCAAAAAAUGAACGUCACAAGAACACGACUUCUUUACUUUCAAAAACUCUUGAAAAGAAUAUAAAUUAUACAGAGAGGGGAGUUCACUUCAACAUACAACCUUGGGCAACAAAUUCCCUUGACCUGAUAAACCGUGCUUUUGCAACCAGUGUCUGGAGACCAUUAGCAGCUACACAUCAAAAGUCUUCUAAGUACAUCUCCAAGCCAGCAGCUUCAUAUUUUCUGACUUCACCCUAUGCUAGACUUGGAUGGGCAAUGGUCUCAGCUGACCUAAACCAGGAUGGAUAUGAAGAUCUGGUGGUCGGAGCACCGGGGUACAGCACACUGGGCCACGUUCAGAUAGGACGGGUGUACGUGGUCUAUGGCAACCAGUCAGGUUUGCCGCCAGAGGACAUGGAUCUAGAUGGGAAAGCUGACCAAGUACUACAGGGUCAUCAGCCUUCAGGAAGAUUUGGUUCUGCCUUGGCAGUCCUGGACUUCAAUGAGGACGGGGUACCAGAUCUGGCAAUUGGAGCACCUUCUGUGGGAUCUCAGUUUCUAACUUACAAAGGUGCUGUGUAUGUCUAUUUUGGCGCUGAGGGAAGAGGCUUGGCAUCUCAACCAAAUGUGACCAUAACUUGUCAGUAUUCCUACUGUAAUCUUGGCUGGUCCAUCCUGGCAGCUGAUGUGGAUGAGGAUGGAAAAGCUGAUCUGGUUGUGGGCUCUCCAUAUGCUCCUGGUGGUGGGCAGCAGAGAGGAUUUGUUGUUGCAUUUUACUCUUAUUUCAACAGGAGUGAUGAAGGACUUCUGUCAGUAGAGGAUGCCAACUGGAUGGUGAAGGGGGAAGAAAACUAUGCUUGGUUUGGAUUUUCACUUGACAGCUGCCAGCUGGAGAACGUAACGUUGCUGCUGAUUGGUAGCCCAAUGUGGAAGAGUUAUGCUGGCGGCAAUCCCUUCUCAUCGGAUGUCAGACAAAGUGUUGGGAAGGUGUAUGGGUAUAACCCACCGAGCACAAAACACUGGUUUGCAGUAACUGGAGACAAGGCGAUGGGCAGAAUGGGUUUGUCUCUGGCCAGUGGUGUGAUGUCUGUGGCUGGGAUCACAAGGACAGUUUUGGCGGUAGGCGCACCUACUGCAGAUAGCCUGUCUAGGAUUUCAUUUAUAUCCUCAGUGCUGCACCAAGCUGGACUGGCUCUGGUAUAUGACCUGACAGACAGCACCAAGCCUACUUUGCUCAGCACAUUCAGCGGGGACAGGAGGUUUUCUCGCUUCGGAGGAGAUGUAUAUUUAAGUGACCUGGAUAAUGAUGGACUAGAUGAAAUGAUUGUGACAUCCCCACUGCGAACUAACAGUAUCACCACAAUACUGGUUGGUGGGGCAGCUGGCCGUGUUUACAUUUACAAUGGAAAGCAGGCAUCCUCAGGGAAUGUGACAGGCCACUGCAAAUCAUGGAUAUCUCCCUGUCCUGAGGACUGGGCACAGUAUGUCCUGAUUUCUUCUGAGGAACUAUCAAGAUUUGGGAGUUCUGUUAUCACUGUGAAAUCUGAAAGAAAGAAAGAAGUUGUAGUGGCAGCAGAGAGAAGUUCGGCAAAAGCUCGCCUUGGUGGAAGGAUUUUCGUCUACUCGCUCUAAAAGGUCAUGGUAGCCUUUACGCCCAGGGCACAGCUGGUCUUUUAGUGAAGAAUCUCCAUACUGUCUGUGAUACUUUCCUCAAGCCACACAAAUCACUAGACCACACGACAGCAAACUUUUGCUAUAAAGAUGUCCCAGAUAGCUAGAUGGGGUCCUAGGCAGUGCUGAGGGAGGGAGGAUGGGCACUGUUUUUUAAUUGAAGGGGAUUAUGAGCAUUCAUGGUGGUUUGGCUUACAAACCAACCAAAACUGUCAGUCAUGUAAAAGCACAAAUUAAUUCUGUUGUGAGCAGUAGCAUCACUUAAUCUAGAACAAGCAAGCUGGUCAGAAAACCUUUUAGAAGCUGAAACGAGCAGGCAGCUAGAUUUUGGUAGUCCUAUUUGGCUACCUAAGUUCAGUGUUCAGUGGUCGCCGCCUUUACUGGUCAGAUUUGAGUAUUUUCUUGACAAAACCAGGAAAGAGUAGCACCUCGUUCACAAUUCCUUGCAUACUGUGAUACAGACGGGGGUUCUAAGAUAUCAAAAGUUGCUGUCAAAAUAAUAAGCACGGAGGAGGGGCAGCUCUAAGCCAGACAGAAAGGUGGGUGCCAAUCAAAAAGACUGCCUCUGUCUCUGAGCAAGUCUUGAAGCCUCCAUUCCGGGUGUAGAACAGCUGGGGCUCCCAGGGAGAAGAGCGCAAGCAGGCUGAUUAAGUUUUAGGAAAUGCUUUUGCUUUCGCACUCGUGGCUGAGACUACUCUGACACCCUUUCUUUGUAUCUUCAUGUAAAAUUCCAUGACCAUGGUAAUGUAGAAUCGUUAACAGCUUUUAUUGUUAACAGUAUUGUCUUCAACUAAUUAACACUAAUUUUGUAUGACGCAGGUUUAAGAGUGUGCAUCAAUUACCUAUUAAACAACUUGAGCAGCAAGAUGUGAUGCUCUCUUCCCAACACUAGUCUGUAGACACAUACGUAUACAUACGUAUUUCCUCUCUCUUGCCCCCUUCACAAAUGUAAAGCAUUAUUUUUAUUUUAAAUAACACAAGUCAGUAGAAUACCACAGAGUUCUAAAGGUCAUACUCCAAGAUGACAGACCUCAACUUACCUUCUUAGGAAUUCUCUCAUGCUGGUUUUUUUAAAAAAAAAAAAAAAGGCAAAGAGAACAUUAGCUUGAUGUGUAAAUCCAUUCUGACAUCUAUUCUGGGGACUUUACCUGCCCAAAUAGCAGAAGACUUAAAAAAAAAACCCACAAAAUUUUGAACUUUAUGAAGGAAGCAACUGGACAAACUGGGUGCACAGUACUUGCCUUACAAAUCUCUGCACUGUGGCGCGAGGCAAAAUGAGCUGUGUAUUUAAGGGCAGAAGAAAAAGUUGUCCUUUUUACAUGAAAGUUGAUGAAACCAGUAUGCUGCGUAGCAAUUCCAUUCUGCACAUACAGCCUCCACUGGCUUUGGUUUUUUUUCUGCGUAUGAGCUCAGAGUAAUUUCAUUGCACAUGAAUGCAUUUUGAUUACUUGAAUUUUAAGAAAACUGUUAAACAUUUGCAUAUGUCUGUAGAGAAAGGCAGUCUUGUAAAAGAUGUGUCUUCCUCUCGGUGCUUUUAUUGUGCUUUAAGUCAGUUACGUACAGGAAAAGGAGUCAAUACGGUUCACAGAGGCCUCUCUGCGCAGAAAACAGAGCUUGGAAAGCUUAUACAAAAGCUUCCCGAACAGCCGCACCAACACGUUUCAGUCCUGGCCUAAUGCAACUACAACUCCGUUGAAAACAUCAGCAUCCAUAUCCCUUCACACACUGGGGUUUAUCAGCCAAAAUAAGCGAGCCAUUUUUUUCCACUGAAAUGCUCAGUUUAGAAGUUUUUUACAGCUCUACCUCCUAAGCAAAAAGGCUGCAAAAAAUUCAGCUAAAAACCUCAAAGAACAUUACAAACCCCAUUUAUUUUCUCAAAUUCUCAUGCCUUUUAUAUCUGCAGUUGAAGUCACAUACAGAACAACCAUUUGAAAAUAAUUAUGUACAGCUGAUUUUUACCAAACUAGGAUCACAGGCCUGCGUAUAACUGUAAUUUAUGUACCCUUUUAUUUCCAUUUUUGACUUGUUAGUCCUGAGUAAAAAACGUUCACAGCUACAGUCACUGUCCUUUCAUCCCUGCCAGUACAGCGAGUUACCUGGUGGCACCUAAGGAGCUGCUCACUGUAUGUUACAGAGAGGUUAAAAAACUCCUGAUGAGAAACAGACAGUUUGUGACCUGAUGUAGGAGGAUUCCAUGCUCCCUCCUCUACAGACUGAGACAGACCAGUGGAGAACUACGCCCUCAGAGAUAAAUUCUAAGAAAAAACAGAGAUACUGGGCAUAAUAAUUUUACUCCUUCCUUCAGUCCAUCACAGGACACCAGGCUUCCACACCCUUUACUAACCCUUACUGUGGCGCAGGCUAGUCCAUGCUUCGUCUUGUCUUCUUGGAGAGGAAAGAGGGAACGCGGAGCCCAGCUUAAGAGAAACUUAACAACCGGUCUGUUGAUUUUUACCAGCCUUUGAGUCGGUCCUUAUGACAACAUGAGGAGUAGUUAACCCGCAGCUGUAUCAGUGCACGUUGAACUAGUGGCAGACGGCAAGCACAAGUGUGCAUGAUCAACAGGCCCGCUUUUCCUGUUACUAAAACUGUGUAUGUUUUGGGCCUAAAUUAAUUGUUAAGGAAUACCCAAGAUAAGUAGCUACAUUAUAAAACCUGUUAUUGCUCACUUAAAAUAAGGGAAACUAUUAUUUCUGGUUACUGCCAAUUUAGAGGUGAUGCUUUACAAGAGAUGCAGGUAUGAUUUUUGCUGCGGAAAAUCUAUUCUUGAAAUUACAACAGGGACUUAAAAAAAAAAAAUCCAUUAAAAAGGCCACUUUUGGGGUGGAUUUUAGUUUUACAUUUGAAGUCAGAUUCCUAAAUCUGGAGCUUAGAACCAGAGUUAUUAAUGAAUGCUGACUCCUGACAUCCUUUAAGCUGAAAAUACUGUUCUCUUUAAGAAAGGCCAUUACACGAAGAGGUAUUUGACAGAAACACCUGAAAUUAGAAUGCCCAAAAAUAAGUACAUGUACAUGAUACAGAAAACUAAUAAAACAUUUGUGGGGUGGAGGUGAGACUACUGUGGAAAGCAUGUUGCUGCUUUCCCUUGUGUUUCUUUCCUUUUGUGUGCGAGUGUUAAAAUCUCACCACAGGGUUUUGGCACAAAGUAUAUAUUAAAUUAGCAAGCUUAGAAAUUCUUGCCGUUUUCAGUAGGGAAGAACAAAUGCAAAGAAAGCGUCCAAAGUCCACCCUGUAACAAUAAAAGUCUCUUCAUUCCUGCUGCUCCUAUUGGUUUGUUAAUGUGCUUCUGCUCAGCCCAAAUGUUUCUGCUUUGAGGUUGUUCUUUAUCUCCACUCUUCCAAACGCUGGCUGUGAUUUUUUCAAAACUGCAGGAACCUAGGCAAGAUACAAAAUAGCCUGUGAUUACAUGAGAAGCUGCUGUAUAUGCAGCAGAAGGAAAUACAUCUUCAGAGAGGCCCAAAUCCUGAUUAUUCUCCUCUUAUUUUCAGAACACUGUCUCUGUCUUCUCCCUCCCUAAUCCCUUUCAGUACAUUUCUCCGAGCCAGGUCAGUAUGUGCUGGCAUCGGUUUUGAGCAACACUUGAGGAUAGUCCAGUUAGUUUUAGCCACGGUAAACAAACUACUUCCAUCUGCCUCUUAGAGGCGAGGGAGGGAGGGAAGAAGGGGAGUUGAUUGGGUGGCCCUUCAUUUCUUUCUUUACUUGUAGCAACUUACUUUUGAAUCCACUGAUGCUUCCCUGUUAUGAAUAUUACAGCACAGAACAGAAGUAGAUAACACAGUCGCACAAGCUUUGGCAGGUAAGUGCCAAAAAACAGUGAAAAUGACCCACAUGAAAUCUUGCUAACCUGAAGGCGAUCUCCUUGGAAAUCUUCAUGCAGCUUGGUACAACAGGGCUCUACGAUGCCAUCAGCACCAAUAGCAAAGAUAGCUGCUGUGCAUGUGAGGAGCUAUUACAAACCUCAGACGGGGAGUCAGGACAUCACAACCAUGGCACCAUUCCCCAGAGAGAUGCUUCCGCUAGUACCUGUCCUCACUGUCCUUUUAUCUUUACCUUCUCCUUUACAAGACAGGAACUACAGAUCCAGAGUUAGUGUGUGGGUGGGAGGAGGAGGGCAGCCUCUGUUACAUCCCUCAUGAUGAACAGAGUGCUGCAGCAGCUGAGAACGCAAAUGAGGGCUGCUUCUACCACCAGCCUCAGCUUCCCUUGGGCUGCCCCGUGAAAGUAAAUACAGUGAGGAACAGACUGCAGCCUCACUUCUGGCAACAGUGAGCAGUAUCUUACUGCUCAAGCAUCUCAUUGCCAGUGCUGGGGCUUCCCACCUCAUUCAAUCCAGCUAGGGAGAACCUUUGCCUUUGUCAAGGAGCAGAAAUGGAGCUGAAUUCCCCUGUGCUCGGUGGCCCACUCCUCUACAAUGGCUUAUUUCCUGCUUUAGAAAUGGACUGUACAUGCAGGGUCUGACGCAGAAACCCUAGCCAACCAUACAUACGUGAGGAGGUAGUGGAGGUUCUAGGUGCCGCCCAAGGAAGGAAAGCAAGCGUCGCCAUAUCAGACCACUUCCCAGAAACAUAAUCCCCGUCACCAACCAAAAUAUUCUGGGGUCCUACCAACAGAACGUUCCCAUUAGUCAUGCAGCUGUCGCUUCAGGAAAGGGAUUAUCCAAAGAUAAUCUCUCACUCCCCACCAGUGUUCCCCUCCUUUAUGGGAGGAAGUAGUAAACUCUCCACCAUCAACAGCCAAGCCCCACCUUGGGAAAAGGGCUGUUUCACAGCAAAGCAUUUAAUUUAGGAAUCAUCCCAGUGUACUGUUACCGUCCCAUGCAGUUUUCCUUCCUUCAUUGGGAAGUCUCGAAAUUAAACCCUCCUAUAUUCAAUGGAUUUGGCAAGGAAGAAGCCUUUGCUUAGUUUUGGGGUGUUUCUUGUUUUAAAGAUAGCAUGUACAAUUGUAAAUUUGUACCCCCCGGUCUAACCCCACCCAGUCAAGGUAUAAACACAUAACUGACAGUGGAGGAUUUCCUCUGGUGUGCUGGCAAUGCCCUGGCUGCCUGCCAGAUACCCUUGCCAUCUGGAAGACAAAGCUAGUCUUUUCAGUAGACUAGACAAUCAUCAAAGAAACCUUCAUACUGCUUUAUAUUCAGUCCUUAUACAACCAUAAAUUUGUCUUCCCAUUUCUUUUCCACGGACACUACACAGAAAAAAGGCUGCAACACUGUGCUGUUAGCCAUAUAUCAUUUGCUUACAAGAAAGUGACCACAUGAACACAUGAAUCACUGGACUAAAUUUGGACUAAAUUAUGUUCACAUAUUACUUCAAAUCUGGACCUUGACCUAUGGAAAGAAUGAAGCUGUACUCAAUAUAAAAUGCAAUAUAAGAGUAGGGCCCAUGUUUUAUGUCACUGAUAAAGCAGCACUGAUUCCUUACCUCUUCAAGAGAUGACUCCAAGUUCAUACCAAAUGCAACUCCUAUGAGUCCAAACAGAGAGAGCGAGAAAGUCCCCAUAGUCAGCUGCAAGUUCAGUCUCAUCAUGACAUUACGGUGGCUAGAGAAGGGAGAAACAUCUGUAAGGGGAACCCAAAAAUUGAUUUGCUGCCUGAAUUCUCAAAUUCCACACAGCAUGCACUAAAACUAAAUAGUGAGAGGAAAUCAUGCUGGAGUUAGGCAGCCCAGUGACAAAGCUCAUGAAACAACAGAAUAGAGCGGCUAUCGUUUUGAAAUUGCUGCAUCAGGAUACCUCUAAGACAGCAGGUUCUGCUUAAUCAUCAGCAGACUUUCUAGCCUCGCUCACUUCUUAGAGGUGUAUAUACACAGGGUAACAGUAAAUUUCCACAGAAAUUUGUGUUCUCUCACUACUAACAGGCUGGAAUUUAUAUGUCUGUAUCCACAGGAAGCAAAACUUUACUGUUACCUUGCAAAUGAAUAUACUUACAAAGAAGCAGAGUCGGUAAAUGCUGCAGACUAUAAACUUGAGCCUGUUUUGGAGAAUUCCAUAUUCAAGUCUUCCCAAAAGGAUUUUUGUGGUUUCCUGAUGCAGCACCCACCAACUGCUUCUACAGGUAACUCCCCAGUAAAGAGGAGAACGAAUAUUAAACACCGGCCUCAAAGACAGAGUGGCACGUGCCUGCAAAUGCAAGCUACAAUUAUUUUUCACUAAGAAAGCUGACUCGUAGUGAGAACUGUAGCAUACAGAGAGAAAAUAUUCCCUCCAAAGUUAUUCUCUCAUGUAGCACUCGCUCUAUGGAAUGUACACCUGAACACCCGAGCAGCCUAGCCAGACUCUUAAAUAAUUCACUUUUGCUGAUUUAAGAGUAAACUUUCCUGAGUAGAAUUCUAUUUUGCCCCCAAAUUUGCAGACAUUUACCUUUAGUGAGUAGCUCCCCAGAAGGAUCUAGAAGCUCAGUUUCUCCUGCUAGGGAGAACUGAUGCCUAGCUAGAAAGGUUUUUACACAUACCAAUUAGGGUGUCUUGUUGCUUUGCUUUAUCCAGUUCACUAAUAAGAAAAGUGCAACGUAGCUUCUUGUGCUGUGACUGCAAGUCCAUUCAAACCCUCUUGAAGACGGAAUUCCCCAAUUUCCCUUGCAGGCAGAUUUGGGAAAGACCAGGCAGCAUUAAAUGCUGCUCAGCUUUGGGCAGUACUACAGGUAGGGUAGCUAACCUGUCCAGGUUGAUAAAGAUUAUGCUUUCUGAGUCGUCAAUCAGUACUCUGAGUUCGCGAGCUUCAUUUGCAAGAUCUUCUGCUUGUCUGUAGUAGUUCUCCAGCAGCAGCUCCAUUUCCUCUGCAUGGUCAAUCCCAGACGUACUCUCCUCACUGUGAGCAAAAAUGUGUAUUUUUCUGGUUAGCUCCAUGUUGUACAGAAGCGUGUUAGUGAUGUGUUAAGACAAGCACACAAGAGUUGUGGGGAACAGCAAACAAGAGUGCUGUUAGACACUAGAUAUCAAAAUACAGUCUUUUCAGUGAGGAACUUCCAACCAUACCAUCAGCUUAAAAUAAAAGGCAUAUUUUUAUAUCUAUCAGCUGAUCAGCAAAGGCAGUCAAUUAUUCUGAGUAGAGCAGUUAGCAUUUGAUGUGCUCGAGGCAUGCACAGCACCACAAAUCUUACUUUUUCAGAUAUUAAGAAGUUAUAAAUUCUAUAUUAUUUAUAAAGUUUAUAUUACUAUAGACGUUUUUAUUAUUUUUAAGUUAUUAUAAGGUGCUGACAAUUUUGAAAGGAGAUGUUUAACUUCUUGGUGCCCUCAAGUGGUGGAAGCUGGUAACGGUGCAGUCAAAAACUCCAAGAAUGAAACAUAACCAAAAGUCAACACACAAACAAUUACAUGGCAAGGGAGAUGUUUUACAUGUAUAUUCAAAUAGUUUAGUUGUAGGGUGUUUCAGCUGUACACGGUAAUUACUGCAAAACGUUUUUGGGAGCAUGAAGCAGCUGAAGAGUGAGCAUCAAAUGGAAGAUGCUACUCUCUAAGUGGCGCAGCAGCUUUCUCUGGAACAGGUAUGUAUGUUUCUGGCAGUGUCCUGGAUUGUUCAUCAUGUAGAUGAAAGCCCAGGCACCUGAGAUCCACAAGAGCUUGGAAAUAGCAAAGCCAGGAAUAUUCUUCGUCAUUUUUUCUUUUGUAAUAUGACCUCAUUUCUCCAGAGAGACUAAACUUUUUAAAGGAUCUCCUCCUGGCAUUGCUGACUGUUAAAGGAAGCUCUCUGAAAUGGUUUUCCAAGAAAAUAAGUGAUAUGUUUUCAGAAUCAACCGAUGUAAGCUCCCUGAGAACCUUUAAGAGAGCCCCUAGUUUCUCUCUGAUGGGGCAGAAACUGAAUGGGCUGAUUUUAAAGCCCUUCAGAACUUGAGGUUUUUAUUGCAUGCAGAUGAGAGGAGUUGCAGACUUGAAAGCCUUAGAGUACUAUCUCCUGUGUUAUAGAUUCAGCUCAAGGUCUUAUUCGAUGAGUAUCUUUACACUGGCUCCUCUGUGGAUAUACAAAGGGAAACAACAGGCAUAUGGCCUUCAAAAUAACUGACACCUGGUUUGCUUUCAUUAACUAGCCUCCAUUUGUCUCAUGAGUCUUUGACAGUCUGCCACCCCUUCACACAGAUACGAAGUCUGCCUCAUCUUUCCGGGCUCAGCUCACCAUUCCUGCUGCAAACGAUCUCUGAUGGCACCUAUGUGCCUAGCUGGGUUCGACCACACCUCCUCAGGCUUUCUGAGUUCAUAAAAUACCACACAUCACCCGCAUCAAUCCUGGAGCCAAAAGAGCUGCCCACACACUGCCAGCCUGCCUGCAAAUGUGCUGUCGUGGCUACUGUUUCCUGGAGUGCCUCAUCGACGGACUGCCUCACCGCGCCCUGCAGCACGGCUCCUGCAUUCUUCACACAGCCUCCCCCCACCGUGCAAUGGUGUCUGAAAGAAGUCAUGACUUCAGGUUUCUCCAGAUGUGAGAGUGUAAGGUGACCUUGGUAUCUUUCCUAGAUGUUCCCUACACAUUGUCUACGACGAGGCAAGAGAAGAUUUGCCAGCAGCUUGCGUUAAGCCCAAAGGAAGGCUGUAAGCAAAACCAGGAUGAAGACCAGCCGAUGGCUCAGGAGCUGCCUGGAAUUCAGAGCCCUCCCAAUACUGCUCCAGCAGAUGCAUUAGAAAUGCCAACUGCAAACCACUUCCGGAAUACUGAGUUUCUGCUGCACGUUUAGACUAUGCUUUGCAGGGCAAGAAACUUAUCUCCUGAUUUCAAACCCAUGCUGCUGGGUGAACAGUAUUAAUAUCCACAUGCAACAUGGUUAGGCGAAAGUAUUAUUCAGCAACUUCACACAGGACCCUGAAAGGUAGUUUCUGUUAUCUGCUUAAACACAGAACAUGUCUGUAUGCCCAAGAUUUAAAUACAGUUCAGCCCAAAACAUCAUCUUUUUGCUCUUUAGUUUUCACAGCGACUAGUGGUGGUGCUGCUGUGUGUUGUCUUUCACCAUGAUUUGAGAAAGUGCAACAGGACUAUUUCUGCAUGUACAUUUUCCCUGAAAUGCUGCUCUUCAAGGUGCACAAGAUUGUUCCAGAGCCUCUUUCCUUCAGGUUCUCCUGGUGAGCAAAAAGCUAGAAGCAAGGUGCUCAGAACACUUCUAACAAAGGAAGUGUGGUAUCUGACCUAUUCAAGACAAGCUUUAAAACCUGCCUGUUUUUUUAGUGAAACUGAAGAAAAUUCUCCCAGAAAGUGUUAAUUUGUAUUGAAAGAUAAUACUUGCUGCUUCUCCUCCUGCCAUCCUGCUCCCAUCCCAUUACGUACUAGAUGAGCUGGCCUAUUAUGCCAAGAACUAUUUGAAACUGCAUAAUGACUAGUGCUAAUGGAGUCUCUCUCCAAAAUGGUGAAUACAACCAUUUCUGAAGCGGCAAGCGUUAGGGCUUUAAAAAAUUAGAAAGUCUUUUUCUUUCUGCUUUUUGGCAGGGAGCACCCAGCUUAGUGUUCAAGUUCUCCUCAAACAAAACACACUGUUAAAAAAGUAUGUGGUUUCAAAAUAUACAUACAAUACUUGUGGAUCAGUCCAUUUAGAUAGACAGAGCUCUUCUAUUAAUUCUUCUUCAUCUAAGAUCUCCAGAAUUGUUUCUUUGAAAACUUUAAGAUCUGUUUCCAGUUCUGACAAGCUGAAGAAAGAACAGGCAAAAGGUCAAGUAAUCCCCACUGGCACCAGUGCACAAAGGUAAUCUCUAAAUGGGGUUGCCAGCCAGCACCCUCGCCAGAUGGAGCAGCCAGGAAAGACUUCCUUGCAGGGUUCUAAGAGCUCCUUCAAAAAAUUCUCUACAGACCACAUACUUAGCAGUGGUGGUGAUCUGCCUGGGGACCAGCGAGCUACAGACCCACACCAAAAGGGAUUCCCAUGUGUUUUCUGGAUAUAUUUGUAAGUCAGAAAAAAAACAGCGCUCCGUGAGUAUGUAGCGAGUGCAUAUUUGCGCUGUUGUACCAGAGAGGCUAAUGCAUGAAGGUACCAGUGCAUUAGUACUAAUAACCUUAAAGCACAGAUCCAAAGGCUAAUCUUGUUUUACAUUACGGGGAACAUUUUCAUUAUGUUGUUUUGUUCUCUUACGUAUUAUUUUGUUCUGUCAGAUGCUAUUUAAGAAGCUCGACUGUAUUUCUGACAACUCGGAAUAGAUUUCCCUUUUUCCGGUUCUCCCCGCAUCACUAGGAACUCCAUCUACCAAUUUUUACAUUUACAAAUAAGAUGCACGACCCAGCAUUACAGUAAUCUAGGAAAUUAAAUUAGAUACCAUUUUUCUAACAUUUCAUUGCAUAUAAUUUUCUAUGGUCAUCUUCUAGUCUCUUCACAGCUUACUCUUAUUUACCUCUUGCCAUUUUGCAGGAGAAUGUGUAGUUUACUCCUAUCCACAGACAAAAGCUUGGGGUCCACUAGAGCUUCCAGUGUCUCAAGGAUCUGAGGCUGCAAAGUGUUAAGUCUCCCCUGCAGUUUGCUGAUCUAGAUAACAACACGAUCCUUCAUAAGAAUUAAAGCAAUCCCUUUAGAAUGACUUGGGCAACUGACUCCUGUCUCUGAACACAAAAUUCACAGUAACACGCAGUUAAGACAAUCUGCUUUCUAAUGCCCCAGAAAUACUUGCUAUAGGGAUACCCCUUACAAGAUAAAGCCGGUGCAAAAUACAGUAUUUUAUAGAAGUGAUUUGCACUGAACUGAAACCCAGUGACAAGCACACCAACAAGGCUGAUAAAGCUAACACACUGGUUGUCGAGGAAUAUCAUAUUAGCAUUAGCAAGCACAGGCUUUUAAGGAUAGCUAGAAAUCAUUAUCUGACUCCUGCCCAAGAGGCCAAAAACCUCAGCACUUUUGUGUGACUUCCAUUUCAGCUACGGCAUGUCUCCAGAAAGGUACUCUGAUUGCUUUUUUAAUUGUUCAAAUGAUAGUGAAGCCAUUGCAUCCAACUAGUGCUUUCUUGGGAACGGAAUGGAAACACACAUACAUAGAAAACCAUAAAAACUAAAGCAACAAAAGCCGAAACCAAAACAGAACUCCUAGAGUAAGUGCGUAAUACAUAGACAAAUGCAUAUGUAUAAAUAUUAACACAAGAAUAAAUUAAUACUGUCCUUUCUAUGAAGAAACAACCUCCAAAACAAUUUAAGUAAACAUGAGAUAGCUCACCCGGUACUGCAGGAUUGCUUCUAUGGCUCGGAAUUCAAAGGGCAGGGAAUAUGUAACUAGUUGACCUUCCCCAGCCAGCUGAGAUGCUAGUUCAUUGAAGAGCCAGUGUUCCAGAUUUAAAUUACGAUAAUCUAGUAUCAGAAGAAACUCUGGUGUUAUGACAGCCUUCAAGAACUGAAAAAGACAGUACAUGUAGGAGUCUGAAAAAAACCUCUCUGAAGAUUUGUCAUAACUCUGUAGUAUAUUUGAUAAUUUAGGCUUUGAUAAAGCCACUCUUCAAAUGUAUUUUCAGGCAGGAAAAUAACAGAAUCUCAUGCUAACUGCUAACUAGUGGAUUCCCCAUGGUUCAGACACAACACUGUCCCAGCGGUGGUGUGACUGAGAAGAGGCUCCUCGUAAGCCUUUACUUCUAGGACUAUGUUAGUAAUGUUUCUCCUGUGGUCAACUAGGAAAAUGGUCAUUAACACAUAGUACUGGUAAACCCAUACCUCUGAUUGCUAGGUACAGCUCCAAAGACACAUUUACUGCUGGACUGCACAUCACAGAGAACUGGUAUUAGAAGAACUGCGCAAGAAAACGCAAGUGCAAGGAUAAGACAUGGUUCACGUUUACACUCAGCUAUAGGGAAACCCGUUACCUCCAUUCUCAGGAUGAUCCUGUUGUUCCUAGUAGCGAUGCUCAUUAGGUGCUGAAAUCUUAGAUCUCGAGCUUGAAGACCCAGUUCCUGGUACAAUUCUGUUUUCUUCUUUUC